UUCUAGAGUUUUUGGUCUUUUAGGUAUUGUUUAUUUUAUGCAUAUUGUUAUUUCUAUUUUUUCGCUGUGACUAGUUUCUGGUUUGUUAUGUAAUAGAUUAAUACUGGCAUUUUCACAGACGCGAACGUGAGAAAUUAUAAUAUAAGUUUAACUUCAACGAUGCAAGAACUUGUGCAUAACUAAGCUUGUCGUUUUUUUACCAUUGAUCCUGCGUGCUGUUUCGGUCACAUCUUCGAACUCGUAACUCAACACAAAGAUGAACAGCCUUUGAAUUAUAAAAUUUUGAAAAUCUGACGUUUCAAGGGUUGAAGUCAGUAUCUUCUUUCUGCAUUCGAGAUCAAGAAAGGAGAGAUUGUGUCAUACUGCGUAGAAACAGAUUUCAAAGAUCAAACUUAGUUCAACUUUCUGCGGUUUUGAGGAUUAACAUGUGAUGUCACAUUCAACAACACAAAAUUCCAGAAUUGACAAUUGUUUAUAUCAGAGGUAAAAAAUUGUAUCAGUGACCAAAUACAAAGUAGAACAUAUUCGUUAAUUGUGUAUGAAAUAACAAAGUUUUUUAUUCUCACUGUUAAGUUUAUAAAGUUUUUUCGGGUACUAAUUUCCCACCGUUUUCUGGUCCAAAUUUACGCUUAGGUUCCAAAAUGCCACUUGCAACUGAUUACAAAUCAUAAAUUUAAGACUUCCUGUCUUAGAGGGGGGUUACCCAGAAAAGUAGUUAAACUUGUGAUCAAGGCUCUAUCCUGUUCAGAUGAAUGGGUAAAUUAAAAGCCAACAUGACAGUGUUACAUUCCGUGCUAUAUUUCCUUCUGGCAUUUUUCUAUUUUCUUCUUCCGAGAAGUGUGGCCUCAGCUAACUGCGGUAGUCUUCGUAACGACACUGGAAUAAUUCAAAGCGGCACACCUGACGAGACCGGCAUGAAGACCACCAACAACACAAAAUUAAAAGGGUGUGCAGAAACAAGUGUCACCAGCUCAUAUAUAGAGAUUAAUCUACACACGCUUCAUACCAUCUGCGCUGUGUCCGCUCACGAAAUUUCUCCAGCAAACAAGCCUGUGAAGAACUAUACAAUACGAAUAUCCACAAAUGGAUCAACUUGGGAAGACUACAAGGAAAACGGAAAAGUUAAGAUCUUCCAAGGAUAUAAUGAGAAGACCUUAAGGAGGAAGCAUGAUCUUAAAGCCACAGUCACAGCAAGGUAUCUACGAUUCCUGCCCGCAGGAUACCAAGGCCAUGUGUGUAUGACAACGGAGAUUUUUGGAAAGGAGAAAAUAGCAGUGAAAGCCAGCUCAUCUACCACUAGUAGAGCAUCCAACACUGAAAGAACCAAUACGCCUUCUGCGACUGAAGCUGUGACAACCGAGGACAGUGUGAUUACAACCAUUCGUGGAGUAUCCACUACCGCAGAAACCCCUACGUCUUCUGCUGCUGAAACUGUUGCGGCGACCAACGACUCUGGGAUUGAAGUAACAUAUACCCCUAGUAGAGCAUCCACCCCUGCAGGAACCAAUACGUCUGCUGCUGAUGAAACUACGACAACCGAAGACAAUGGAAAACAACAACUCUAUCUUCUUAUUCUCAUUGCUCUGUCCGUUAUUGUUUUGGUGUUGUUCGUUAUAAUUGGGGGACUCAUUUGGCAGUUACGGAAAGGUGUGAGAAGGAAUGAAGACUAUAUUACAGACCAUGACAUCCCUGUCCCACCUGUUGUACGACAAGAGUCAGAGCCUAUUCAUUAUAUGGAACUUCGGCCUCCUGAAGUCCAGUCACCUGAACCAUCUGCUUAUGCGUCAUUACAAAGAAGAUACUCGACUCCUUAUUAUUGCAAUGUAGGAUUUGUAAGGGAAAAAACAGGGAAUGAUAAUGAUAGAAUUUAUGAAAAUGUUGAGGCAGGUGGUAUCGGCGUCUGAAAUUAAAGUCUCAUAUCACAUCAAAUUUUGCAGCACCAAUUAAAAGAUCCUACAAUCAGA